CUAGCCUAAGAACUCAUGGCCACGGAGACAUCAUCAUCAUUAUACUGCCUUUUCAUCUUCCACCUCUUUCUGUUCAUAGUUCAUCAACCAUCAAAUUGCCAACAAGAAUAUCUAAACAAUACCCAGUUGAACUGCGAUCAAAACCCUUCCAUUUCUAAAGGGUAUCUUUGCAAUGGCAAUCAAAUGCCAUGCCAGUCCUUUCUAACCUUUUUUUCCCGCCCACCCUUUGACUUCCCCAUUUCCAUUGCUUACCUCUUAGGUUCAGAAGCCUCAAGUAUAGCCUUGAUCAACAACAUAUCAGUCAAUGACAGAAUUCCCCCAGAGAAAUCUAUCAUAGUUCCUGUUUCUUGUUCAUGUACAGGUAGCAUUUACCAGCAUAAUACACCUUACACCAUUAAAAGUACAGAAACCUAUUUUAGUAUAGCAAAUGACACUUACCAAGGCCUGACUACUUGCCAGGCCCUAAUGGGUCAAAACUACUAUGACCCCCAAAAUCUUCAGGUGGGAACAGAGCUGAUGGUUCCACUAAGAUGUGCUUGUCCAAGUCAAAACCAAACAGAAAAUGGAGUGAUCUCCUUGUUGAUGUAUAUGGUGACAUGGGGAGAUUCGAUCACAUCAAUUGCGAAUGAUUUUGGGGCCGAUGUAGAAAGUAUACUUACAGCCAACAGAUUGCCACAGAACGGCGUGAUCUUUCCCAUCACUCCUAUAUUGGUUCCACUUAAAAGCGAUAGUUGCAAGGUUAAUCCAGGAGGGAAGUUCUUUUGCCACUGUCCUAACGGCUAUCUUGCAGAUGGAGCAGAAGGUCUUAAUUGCAGACCAGAGAGUAAAAAGUUUCCUGUCAAAUUGGUUACAGUGUUAGGCAUCAGCAUUGGUAUCGGACUGCUAUGUUUAUUCCUUUUCAGUUACAAGUUAUACAAAUUCCUAAAGAAUAGAAGACACAGAAUUCGUAAAGACAGAUUCUUCGAGCGAAAUGGUGGCUUCUUGUUGCAACAAAGGCUCUCAUAUUUUGGAAGAGAUAAAAAGUCAAAUCUAUUUACUGAAGAGGAGCUGCAACGAGCUACUGACAACUACAACCAGAGUAGAUUUCUUGGCCAGGGAGGCUAUGGAACUGUAUACAAAGGGAUGCUACCAGAUGGUACCAUAGUUGCUGUUAAAAGAUCAAAAACUAUUGACAGAACCCAAAUUGAACAAUUUAUAAAUGAGGUUGUGAUUCUAUCCCAGAUAAAUCAUCGAAACAUUGUGAAGCUUCUUGGUUGUUGUUUGGAAACUGAGUUUCCAUUGCUAGUUUAUGAGUUCAUUUCUAAUGGAAACCUUUCCCAUCAUAUUCAUGAGCAAGACCAUGAAUCUUCGCUUCCAUGGGAGCAUCGCUUAAGAAUUGCAAGUGAAGUAGCUGGAGCAAUAGCAUAUAUGCAUUCUGCAGCUUCAUCCCCAAUCUUCCAUAGAGAUAUCAAACCUUCAAACAUACUCCUAGAUGAUAAAUAUGGCGCAAAAAUAUCAGAUUUUGGGACUUCAAGAUCAAUCCCAUUAGACAGAACUCACCUGACCACUGCAGUACAGGGAACCUUUGGUUACCUAGAUCCUGAAUACUUCCACACAAGUCAAUUCACAGAAAAAAGUGAUGUGUACAGUUUUGGGGUUGUGCUAAUAGAACUCCUAGCAGGGGAAAAACCUAUCUCUUCUGCCAGAUCUGAAGAUGAGAGAAACCUUGUAGCACAUUUCAUAUCAUCGACAAAGGAGGAUCGCCUUCUAGAAAUUUUAGAUCCUCGAGUUGCCAAAGAAGGAAGGAAAGAAGAUGUUCAUGCCAUUGCAAAGCUUGCAGUGAGAUGUUUGAGAUUGAAUGGGAAAAAGAGGCCUACAAUGAGAGAAGUAGCAAUGGAGCUGGAUGGAUUGAGGAAGUCUCAAAAUUGCAUACAAAUUGAUCAACAGCCUGGGUUGCUGAAAGAUGAAGCAUCCCUCAUGCACCCUAUUGGUGAGCCAGGACAGGACAACAUUACCUUUUCCUUGGAAAUGGAAUCUACCACUUUCUAGAUUUCAUCAGCUUUAUGCAUAGCAUUUGCUUGCAAAGAAUUCAAAGUUAUGAAUUAUCUGGCAUUCAUGAUCUGAUCUAUGUUUUCCCUUUCCAACCAUUUGAAGAUCCAAUUCCAUGUGCCCUUCUUCUAGUGUCAAAUGAUUACUAUGAUAUUAUUGACAAUUAAAUAAAAUUAUUGAAAUUUAUUUCUCCAA